AUGCAAAUUUUUAUAUUUUAUCUGCGAGGCAAAGUAUAUUGUUGAGGGCCCGGCGAUACCGCGAAAACGUUGCACGUAACAGCCACCUGAUUUAAUUAGGGUUUUAAUUUGAUUUGUUUUGAAUGACUCUGAAGCAGGAAGUUACGCCGUAAUUUUACAGUAGCUGAAAAGUUAAAAUUCGAACGCUAUAUUAGAAUAAACGAAACGAGGCACGAGCAGCAAACAAGAGAUUGCCAUGUGAUCCAGGCCAUCGAGGCUGCGGCUACACUACGCUCUACCGGCUCUACGCUCUGCUCUGCUGUUUGGUGUGCGACAGGGGUUCUGGGGGUUGCCUGGGUCAGCUGCGCUGCGUCGCGGGAGGGGGAUGGCGAUACCAGCGAUACCAACAAGAGCUGAACACACAUGAGUGCGACUCGUAACAAUGUUUACUAGCGCAAGAAACUACGAUGGGCGGUUGCAUUGGCACCAGAAAUAGUAGGCCCUCAUCUGGUAUCGAGUCCACCGAUGAAACAAAUUUACAGCAAACGGGGAAGAACCAACCGCUGCGGCACGAGAAGCCACGAUGGAAGAGUGAUGUGCCACUCAUGGAAGGUCAGCUGCGUAGCAAGCGGGACGAGUUCUGGGACACUGCCCCGGCCUUUGAGGGUCGCAAGGAGAUCUGGGACGCCCUCAAGGCAGCAGCCUAUGCAGCCGAAACCAGUGACUUCACCUUGGCCCAGGCGAUCAUCGACGGCGCCAACAUUUCACUUCCCAAUGGGACGCUGUUGGACUGCUACGACGAACUCGGCAACCGCUACCAGCUGCCCGUGUACUGCCUGAGUGCGCCGACCAACCUGGUGGAGGACGCCAGUGACGCCGAAUCUCCGUCGCCCGAAAGCGAGCCUUGCGCAGGUCACGAGAUCCUGCUCAAGUUGCGCUUGUCCACAACGGGGCGGGACACCAAGAUGGCAGUGCGCACGGGCGAGACCAUCCUCACGGCUAAGCGACGUCUCCAGACGCUCGAAGGCGUCGACCCCACCUGCCAGCGCUGGUUCUUCGGCGGCAAACUGUUGGCCGACCGCACGCGCGUCGAUGAGGCCAAGCUACAAAUGGGCUUCGUGGUGCAAGUGGCAGUAGCCCCUUCCGAAGGCCCUAGUCCCAGUUAGUGGGCUGCCACGGCGCAUCCACAGUGGCGCCACCAAAAAAACUCAAGUCUGCCCUUGUGUGUGCACUUUGCUCGGGGGGUUUUCCCAACUAUGGCGCGUUGCUGCCACUUCACUCGCUUGUUCUCACAUAAAGGAAGUACUGUCAAACUCUUUUGAGUUGGAAAGAGCAUUCCUUUGCAAGGGCCUUGGAUAAGGCAGGUCGUGUUGUGGUGCCGUGCAAGUUCUUUUGCCGCAGUCUAAAGGAGGGAGUGUGAUUUCGUGACUGGGCCCAGCAGUGUGGGUCAAGGAAGGGAGCUUUGUUGGGCCAGUGUUGCCCAACCUAGCCGUGAUCUUUUUUUUUUUAAAGGUCUUAGCCCCUUUUUAUUUAAUUUCUCAUGCAGGUAGUCUAUACCGCAUCCAGCAAGUCCACGAAGAGAAUGUUGUCUAGUGAAGUGUGUGGGGUGCUCUAUACUGGUGCAGAGGGUGUGAGCUCAUGCACUGCAAACCUCUUUAAUCACAUCCGAUAAUCAUUUUGAAGGCAUGUACACAGUUGAAGCUUGCUGGCAUAAUUUAUGUGCUGGAGCCUUUUUUUUUUUUUAUUAUUAUUGGUUUACCUUCCCCUUUUAAACAAGCUAAGGUGGCAAGUCAUUUUUGUUCUGCUGUACAUAUAUACAUAAUGCCAUUUAUAUUUCUGUGUAUAUGCACACAGACACACACACACACACAUAGAUCUGUUUUUAGAUUGAUGCAUUUUAGGAAACCUGUGAAGUGGGCAUAGCCAUGAGAUUUGCAUGAUGGGAUUUUUUUCCUUAUGUCUGUCAGAAAAUGUUGCUUGUUUCUUCUGUUUGCCUAUUCAGGACAAAAAUAAAAAGGUGCCCCAUCUUA